UAGGAUGAUAGAGUUUCUGUUAGUUUGCAACAAGACGGGUGCAGUGCGAGUGUCCAGGAGUUACACUACUCGCCCCCUACCUGACCCUAGGUCCAUUCUUCACGACUGCUUGAAACGAAACAGCCCCAGCCAGUGCCCCCACUUCUUGACAAUGGAUGGGAGUGAAGAAGUGAGGAUAAUAUUCAGACAGUACGCGUCCUUGUUUUUCGUACUCGGAGUCUCCCCUGAUGACAAUGUCAUGGCUCACUUUGCCUUUAUUCACAACCUUGUUGAAACUCUCAACUCAUACUUUAGCAACGUAUGUGAACUGGAUCUGAUGCACAAUGUGGACCGAGCUCACAUGAUUCUAGACGAGAUAGUUGUUAACGGUUUUGUAACAGAGUCUAACAGAUCACGGGUACUGGCCCCCAUUGCUAUCCUCGACAAAACUGUUGAUAAAGUCAGCUGAUAAAUUGAGCUGGAUAGGCGCUAAGUAGUAAGUACUGCAGUGAACCGCAAUUGCAUUGUUAUGAAGCUCGUUGAAGACGAUCAACACAAGUUAUUAUAAAACUUCUAGAACACCAGUCGCGUAUCAACUUUAUGUUUCAAGAACGAUUUUCAAAGAACACGCGUCUGGCCCUUAUAUCAUCAAGAGAGGACACUUUGGUAUAUAGCUUGUCAGAAUUGGUGAAGAUUGUUUUGGUUAUGCAAUGCGAAAAAUAGAAUAAACAUACUGGUUUCCAAAGAGGAGCUUUCAUUCGAUUGUGGAAAUGUGUCAUGUUAACAGCUGUGCUGUGUUGUAAUUGUUAUUAUUCAGUUUGAACAUUGAUCAAGGUCCGACCCUUGAUCUCCAAGA